AUGUCAAGCCACUGGUUGAACUUCCAUCAAAAGGGGAUUAAACAGAAAAUGGAAAAGAAGAUUGACUCCAGAUCUUUUAGAGAUGGUGCUGUUAAGAAACCUCAUUCUGUAAAGAUGCUGUCCAACAAGAAGUCUUCCACCUUCCCCGAGGUCCGGAGUCAGUUACCUAACGCCAGUCAUCCAGUGCAACCCCAACACCAUGCCUCCUCCACCUGGACCCGGAGGAGGCGGUUAAAAGAAUUACGUCUCAGAUGCAUGGCCAGAAAGUUCUUGUAUUUGUGGAUUCGAAAGACUUUUGGAAGAGUAUUUCCCUCCAAAGCCAGAUUUUACCACGAGCAGAGGAUACUGAAGAAAGUCUUUGGAGAAUGGAAAGAAGAGUGGUGGGUUUCCCACCGAGAAUGGAAACUCUGUGUUCGAGCUCACUGUCACUAUAGAUACUACCUGUACAACCUGAUGUUCCAGACCUGGAAGACCUAUGUGCACGGACAGCGGGAUAUGAGGAACAAGUUCUUGAGAGCCGAGCGUUAUGAUGCAAAGCAAAAGAUGCGCCAAGCCUGGAAGUCCUGGUUGAUAUCUGUGGUAGUUCGUAGGACCAAACUUCAGAUGCAGACUGCCGCCCUGGAGUUUAGGCAGCGGAAUGUCUUAUGGAUGUGGUGGAACCAGUGGAGGCAGCGCCUAGAACAGAUCCAUGUGGGCCAUGCCCUCCACUCCUCAGCUGUGAAGCACAGAGCCCUUAACCUUCAGUUGCAGGCUUGGUCCAAGUGGCAGGAACAGCUCCUGUAUGCCCAGAGCAACAGACAGAAGGUGGUCUCUGCAAAGAUGCUCCAUCAGCACUCACAAAAACGGCGCUCCCUGAGGGCCUGGCUUGAGUAUCUGCAGCACCGAAGAAUGAAAAGACAGAGGAACGAGAUGGCGGAACAAUUCCACCGUGUCACCGUGCUCCAGACACACUUCUGUGAUUGGCAGUGGGCCUGGGAGUGGAGGCAGAGCUUGUACGCCCACCGCGCCCUGGUGGAGGGGCUGGCCAGGAGGAUGGUGCUUCGGCGGGCCUUUACCCACUGGAAACACUAUGUGCUGAUGUGUGCAGAAGCUGCUGCCCAAUGUGAGAUGGCAGAGGAGCACCACCGGCGCCACCUGCUGACCUUUUGCCUCCGAGCUCUGAAGAACAAUGUGGCCCGGGCCCAUUUGUGGCAGAGAAGAAGGGAUUUCGCAGAGCAGCAGUACAAGGCCACGCUGCUGCGCAGGUUCUGGGACUCCUGGCAGAGGCAUGCUGAGCAGAGGGAAGAACGGGAGCACCUCUCUGUGCUGCAGGCAGCCUGGGAUCACUACAGAAUAACAGUGCUACACAGGUGCCUCAAAUUGUGGAUGCGGCACACUCAGAAGAGGCGCUACAAGAAGCUGCUUCAGGCCAGAGCCCACAGCCACUUGCAACAGAGAGCCCUGCCUGCCGCAUUCCAGGCCUGGAGGAGACACUGCCUUCAGUCCCGGCACGAACGGGCCCUGAGCACCAGAGCAGUGCGUUUUCACAGGGUGACAGUAGGGAGGCAAGUGUUGGCUGUUUGGCUGCAGCAGAUGUGUCAGCGUCGAGAAAGCCGCUUGGCAGAGAGAGUGGCCAUCCUCCACGCUGAGCAGCAGCUUCUGCAUAGGGCCUGGUCCACAUGGAGCCAGCAGGCAGCAGCAUGGCACCAGGAGCAUCAGAGGCAAGCAGUGGCCUGUGCCCACCACCGCCACUGGCGGCUCAGAAGAACCUUCUGUGUCUGGAGAGAGCGUGCCCGAGGGCUGAGAACAGAGAAGCUGGGAAAGGUGCAGGCUACAGAGUUCUACUCGGUACAGCUCCUGCGGUGGGCCUGGAGCGGGUGGAGAGAGUGCCUGGCCCUGCUCAAUGCCGAACGGCAGAAGUUGAGGCAAGCUGAACUGCAUCACCAGUGCUCCUUGCUGCACAAGGUGCUGCGGAGAUGGGGGACUCACCAGGACAGCGUGCGGCAUAUCCUUCAAGAGGUGGCAGCCAGGGAGAGUCAGCACAACAGACGCCUGCUGCAGAGCGUGUUACAUCGCUGGCGAGAGAACACAUUGGCCCAUGUAGAUGAAGCAAGAAAGGCCUCUGAAGCAUGUGACCACUACAGAAGGAUCAUACGUUCAAAGGUCCUGGCCCAGUGGAGGGAGGCUGCUUCAAUCCAGAUCUACUACCGCCAGCAAGAAGAUGCUGCCGUCAGCGAUGCUCGAGCUGCGCUGAACAGAGGCUGCGUCCAGACUGUGUUUCGGCGCUGGCGAGUCCGCAGCCAGAGUGCAGCCCAGCAGAAAGUGCAGCUGGAGAGGGCGGCCCAGCAUCACCGGUGCCGGCUGCUUCGAGAGACACUGGUGCAGUGGAAAGCUUACCAUCUGGGGUGCGUCAGGAAAAUGCUCCUGCAGAGGCGAGGUGUUCAGCUUCUGACCCAGAGACUCGGCAGGAGCUGCUUUCACCAGUGGAGACAGCAGCUGGUGGCCAGGAGGGAGGAGCAGCGGAACACAGUGCGGGCCCUGUGGUUCUGGUCCUUGUCACUACAGGCAAAGGCCUGGGAUGCUUGGCGGGACUUCGUGCUGGAGAGGAGGCGAAAGAAGGCACGGCUGGAGCAGGCGGUGCAGGCCUACCAUCAGCAGCUCCUCCGGGAGGGUGUCACACACCUCCUGCGCUUUGCAGCGGGUAUGAAGGCCUCCCGCCAGCAACUGCAGGCCCAGCAGCAGGCCCAGGCGGCCCACACUCUCCACCGCGCCGUUGGCCGCUGCGCCAUGCUCUGGAAGCAGAAGGUGCUGGGUCCACCCAAGGAGACCCUGUCUCCUGCGCCCCCCGCACUCAGCAGAAGAGUGACAUUCCAGGUGCCCCCUCUCAGCUGCAUGGCUGCUGGGGCUGGGGACAUUGCCUUGAACACCAAGCUGCAGAGAGUCGGGCCUGAACAAGGUCUGGACCGCUUAGCCCUGGCUUCUGGGGACCCUCAGCUCCUGGAGCUGAGUGCUGCCCGCUUGGCGAGGAAGCAGCCUCGUCGCCCUGACUUCCUGCUGGAGCCUGAGCAGAGGCCUCUGGGGUGUGAUCUCUUCGGGUCACAGGGGCCUGAGAAGGUGUCAGAGCGUGGUCUAGAUGAUUCCCCAUCAAGGUCCCUCCUGGUGGGGGCUUGGACAUCCCCAGCCUCACACGGCUUUAGGGUGCCCACCACAGCGAGUGCAGGCCUUGAGCCAAUCCUGCUGCCACCCUCCUCCUUCAUGCCACGUGGGCCGGAGACGGCCGGUAGGGUGUCCGGACCACUUCAGCCACAGGCACCCCCAUCCCUGGCUGGUGUCCCCUACCCCCAGCUGCUGCUCCCUAAGGACUUCACAGGCACCAGGACCUGUCCUGGGUUUGGCCCAGAAGUAGCAGGCAGCACUCAGCUAGAAGAUGAGCUUGAGGGGAUCCUCCAGCAAUUACAGCACUGCCAGACCACCCAGCAGAACCUCUGGUCCUGCCGGCGACAAGCGAGUAGCUUGCGGCGGUGGCUAGCACUGAGCCACGAGGAGCCUGGGGACCAGGAAGCUGAGCAGCAGAUGCAGAAAGAGCUGGAGGAGGUGGAAGCACAGAUCCAGCACCUGGCCGCUGAGCUCCGGGCCCAACGCCAGCCCAUCAGGGCCUGUAUUGCCCGUGUCCAAGCCCUGCAGCAAGCCUUGUGCUAG